GCCGACAUACACAUGAGUAGAGCUGCGGACCGACGAGCUGUUUGUGGACCGUACUGAGAACCUUGCACUGAACCACACGGAGUUAUGUACUGCGCGCAUCCUGUGUCCGGCACCGGAAACAACUCACUCAUGUAUUGCUACAACAUGAAACCGGUUUACGGGCAGUCUCCCACUAAUGACGACAUCAACCAGAACUCAUCUUCACAUCCGUCCAGCAAGUCCCACAGCAAUGUGUUCGCAAGCACCUUCUUUGAGGGGAUGAGCAACUCUCCUGACAUCUGGAGCGCUGUAAACGGGCUGAACCAGCAGGGCUAUGAAGGAGCAAUGGGAGCAGCUCUAACCCACCAAACACAGCCGGGGACCUACAGCAGCCUGCAGCCGCUGCAACACAGUCACCUGGACUACUCUCCCCAGUCAGUGAUGGCUGCCGACAUGAACAGGGGUCUCCCGCCAAUGUCCACUUUCCACCGCAACAAUACAGCGUCACACACGCCGUCAGUCAACAGCUCAGAGAAUUCAACAAUCUCAGGGAGCAAGGGACAUGUGUCAGCAGGGUCACAGACGGGCGAUACCUUGGGCAAAGCUCUGGCCUCUAUUUAUUCCCCCGAUCACACCAGCAGCAGCUUCCCCUCCAGCUCGUCUACACCGGUGAGGUCUCCGUCCCCGCAGCAGAACUCAGCUGAACAUGCAGGUACCAACAUGUGGCCCCGGGGUUCAGUUCAGACACCAGUGUCACCGCACUAUGAGUCUUCACUGAUAUCAUUGUCUCAGGUGGAGGACCGACUGGACCGACUGGACGAUGUGAUCCACGUCCUGAGGAACCACGCUGUGGGUCCCACGGCCGGCCUGCCCUCUGACAUGCACGGCCUGCUGAACCAGAACCUCCACGGCCACCUGGGCUCUGCCAGCUCUCUGCCGCUCAGCUGCCACACUUCAGCCAUGGUUGAAGCUGUCAACAUGAACAACAACCACUCAGCCUUCCAGAGUCGCACACAGAACGGCCAUCCAUACCCGGCCAGACAGAGGAGUCCGCUCCAGUCCAUGCAGAGUGGAGCAGGUCUGGGAGUUCAGAGUAAUCUGGACCUGAAGAUGGAAAGCAGGGAAAGGGAAGAGAUGAUGCACACCAGACAUAGCUCUGACAGCCAGAGAUCAGAUGAUGAGAGUGAACUCAAAACACAAGGAGACCACAGCGGAAAUAACAGUAUCCAUGAGGAUGGGGAUGAAGAUCUGAGUCCGGAGCAGAAGGCCGAGCGGGAGCGCGAAAGGAGGAUGGCCAACAACGCGCGCGAACGUCUGCGUGUGCGGGACAUCAACGAGGCGUUCAAGGAGCUGGGUCACAUGUGUCAGCUGCACCUGAAGAGCGAGAAGCCGCAGACCAAGCUGCUGGUGCUGCAUCAGGCCGUGUCGCUGAUCCUCAGCAUGGAGCAACAAGUCCGAGAGAGGAACCUGAACCCGAAGGCAGCGUGUCUGCGGAAGAGAGAGGAAGAGAAGGCGUCUGCAGCCAUGAACGAUCCACAGUCCAUGCAUCUCGCUUUCAAUCCCAGCGGGACAGCCGCAGCGAACCCCAUGGGCCACCUCUGAAGACCUGACCGGAACCGCAUCCAGCAAAUGUUGAGUGAAGAGCAUCCCAGGAAGCGUCCAGACGAUUUUUGGAGGUCCAGCAUUUCUUCUGAAUUCGAGCUUGGAGGUCGACCUUUCUCCGUUGAACAAUCAUCAGUCUAACUUUGUGCCUAAACUUUACUUCUAACAGACAAAUGCAUUGUAAGCUGCAGAUGUUUUGUACAUAUUUUGUAUAUUUAUCAAUUAUCUUGUCUGUUUUGAAUAUAUCUGAAGGGAUGAAACCCAGGAGUGACGAGGGGUCAUCUGCAGUUUAGAUUUUUUGGCAGAGCCAGAUAACCUUCGGAGCGACUUUUACAGUGUUUCACUAUUUACCACGUGCACCGAGCUCAGAGGACCGACAUUCCCACAUCUGUGUGUUCAGACAACGGAUUUCAUUUGUCCUGUGGUAUGUGUGUGUGUGUGUGUGUGUCUAUGUGAGUCUGUGUGUGUUUGUUUGUGUGUGUGUGUGUGUUGCAGGAGUUUGACCAUUCUGUGAAUGAACAGAUCUCUGAGAAUGUUGUGUUAGCGCGUGGGCAUCAUCUGUUAUCUGUACAUUUGUUACACAUGUGUGUUAGCGCUGUUAACGGAUUACACGUAACGAUGCGCUGGUGGGCGGAGUCCCUCCUCUUCUCAGUGUCAUCAUUGCUCUUCAGACGUAGUCGAAGCUCUUUGCAUGUUUGAGUUUUUAAUAGAACAUUACAUUUUUUCUAAGUUAUGUAACUUAUCUUUUAUACAAAUAUUGUGAAUUUCAUAAUGUCUCUAUUUACUUUUACACAGAAAAAAAACCUUUUUGUGCAGUUUUACUAGAUGUAGCCCACAUGUCAUGCUCUGAUGCUCUGAGCAACACAGUAUUACAGAAUAAUUGAUGUCUUGUUUGCUUAUCACUCUGCGGAACAGUUAAUGAAUAAUAAUAAAAAAUAAAUCUGUAAUACCCCCAUCAUAACAUGUACAGUAUGUGUACAGUUUGAAGUAGCCUACAGGCAUGUGUCAAAAUGAUAAUGUAGCAAUAAAUGUUUUUUUUUCCAAAUA